AGUAAAUUCGGAAAUGGAAGUUAAAACAAAAACUGAAAUAUGAAAAUGAGCUGUAAACGUUAGCCACAUGUCUUCUCUUCGUUGGCUCUGCUUGGCUCCACCUGACGGUAAACUUGAAGCUCCACGACACCGUUUUGCUCUUCGUUUAAGUCAGGUGGAGGGGAAGGCAGAAAAGAAACGUUUCUGCCUUGGUUUCUUUGUAAAUACUCUGGUCUUCUUCUUCUCCACACGAGCAGAGCUGUCCUGCUGAAAUGCAGGUCUUCAAUCUUCAGCUUCCAAGUCUGAUACGCCGCGAGGAGGAGGAGAAGUGGGUCCCUGUGACCAAGCUCGGCCGCCUGGUGAAAGAAGGCAAGAUUCGAAGCUUGGAGCAAAUCUACCUACACUCGCUCCCAAUCAAGGAGUACCAGAUCAUAGACACCCUCGUCGGCCCUGGCGUUCUCAAGGACGAGGUCAUGAAGAUUAGUCCAGUCCAGAAGCAAACCCGUGCCGGACAGCGCACCAGAUUCAAGGCCUUCGUCAUCGUCGGCGACGGGAACGGCCACGUCGGAUUGGGUGUCAAAUGUAGUAAAGAAGUUGCCACUGCAAUUCGCGGCGCUAUCAUUCUAGCGAAGCUAUCUGUGAUUCCCGUCAGGAGAGGGUACUGGGGAAACAAGAUCGGGCUGCCCCAUACGGUGCCGUGCAAGGUCACCGGGAAAUGUGGCUCCGUUACAGUCCGGAUGGUGCCUGCUCCACGUGGUGCUGGGAUCGUCGCAGCUCGCGUGCCCAAGAAGGUUCUGCAGUUUGUUGGGAUUGAGGACGUUUUCACUUCCUCCCGUGGAUCCACAAAAACCCUUGGCAAUUUCGUAAAGGCUACUUUUGAUUGCCUCCUGAAGACUUAGGGGUUCUUGACGCCUGAUUUCUGGAAGGACACACGGUUCACCAAGUCACCUUUCCAAGAGUACACUGAUCUUCUAGGAAAGCAGACCAAGGCCCUUAUUCUCGAAGAUGUAGAGAGAACUGAGGCUUGAUGUUGUGUUUCUGUAAGAUGAGAUUAUAUACUAGCAGUCUUGCCUUCUUUAGAACAAUAAUCUCGUCAAUGUUCCUCCGUUCGCGUAUGUUUGUUUCGUAGAAAAUUUUGAAUUCUAUCUUCGUGGGCGUAACUUGGUUUCUUUUCACUUCAAUCAAAAUUUUGAUGGUCU